UUUAGUCAUUCUAUAAGACCCAGAAGUGAGCAUGAAGAAGUUUGUUUACUGAAUUAUGUCCUUCGAUAUGUAGGGAGUUCAAAUAUUUAUUUACGUUAGAGAUGGUUAGUUUGCCGAGAAUAGGCAGUUUCAGUCAUUCAAAAUUUCUGAGAUACGAAGAUAUGAUGAUGCGGAAAAGGGCCAAUGAACUUGAGAACUUUAUGCAGUGGGAGAAAUAUUCUAACCACCUUAACUGCUCAACUGUGCGAGCGGAAAAAGAAAAGCAGUGGUCGUCUAGCAAAUACUUAGAGCACAGCUUAAACGCGUAUGCUGAGCAAAACAAGGAACACCAUGACAAACGCUUAGAAGACAGGAAGAAGAAAUUGCUCCAGCUUUUAGAAUAUGAUGCCGAAAAGGAGAAGAAUUUGCUAGAAGCGUAUUCUGAACGUUAUAAAGAUAAGUCAGCUAUGUUGAUUCGAUCAACCGCGCUGAAGCAGGCGCGUGACUCGGAAAAGGCAAAGAUUGCCGAAACCCUCUUAGCUGAACAUUUCAGGAAAAACAAUCCAGAUCUAAGAGGGGUAGCGCAAGCGGCUAAUCAAAAUGAUCUGGUAGACUGUUGGAGGACACAAUUAAACGAGCGUAACACAUUAAAACAAUCUGAAAUAGUUGACCAAAUUGUCAAUGAAGAAAUUGAAUCAGAAGUUAAAAGAUGUGAAGAGAGAGAAGUGGAAGAGAAAGAAUUACAACGUUUACAGGAUAGAGAAAAAUACUUAGAAUAUCUUCGAAAACAAUUGGAUACAUUAAAUUCUCGUGAGAAUGAAGCAAAUAAAUUGGCAGAAAAAGAAAAAGCUUUAAUAAAACAAUUAACUAAAAUUGAUCAACUUGAACAUGAACGACAUUUAAUUGAAGAAAAGUGUAAACGUGAACUUUAUGGACGUGUAUUAUUACGUCAACAUCAAGCAGCCUUAAAAAGACGCUCAUUAUUUAUACAAGAUGAAUUAAAACAAGAUUUAGAUUGGUUACAUCAAUUAAUUGAACAAGAAAAUAUAGAUCAUGAAAUUGCUAUUGAACAAAAAUGUAAACAUAAAGAAAAUAUUUUAGCUAUACAAAAAUUAGUUGAAAACGAAUUGAAAAAAGAACAAGUUAGAGAGUUAGAACUGAAUGAAUUGGAAGCCUAUGAAGCAUCACGAGUGUGGGCUAAACGUGAAGAAGAAUGGCGUAAUGAAACUGCUGCUAGACAAAGACUGUUACAAGAAGUAAUCGAAGAUCGUAGAAAACAAAUAGCCGACCAAUUAACCUUAAAUCAACAAUUACAACAUGAUGAACUAGCUUCAAGAGAAGCAUUAUUAGAGGAAAUUGAAUGUGCUAAUCUUAAUGAAAGAAUAGAAGAAAAAACACGCCGUGAACAAGCUAUUGAACACAAUAAACAGUUAGAUGUUCAAUUAGCGGAUAAAUUGAAUGCAAACAAACUAGCUGAAGAUGAAGUUAAGGCUGAUUUGGAAGCACAAAAAAAAGCUGAAUUAGCUUAUGAAGAAAUGUUAAGGCAAGAAGCAGAAAAUUUACGUUUAAAAGAAAAACAAUUGAGAAAUCUUACCUUUUAUCAAUCUAGUAAUCCACAUUCAUAUAGUGGUCGAAAUAUACGGUAGUUGUGAUGAUCUUGAGUUUGGUGCAACAAAACAAAAGUGUUGCUUAAAUAUGACCUUGACAGCAAACAACCAAUGACAGCUGUUGAAAAUAGGAUUUUUUUUUCGAACCUAUUGUCUUUGUUUACUUUUUGACUUCAAUAAUUUUAAGCAUUUGAAUACAUGUUCUAUCUCAGUUCCUCAGGUUAAUGUAUUUAAAUGUUAUUUCUGUUUGAUAAUAUUCUGAAGUUUUAAUUUUGAACUGCGGAUUAUACAUAGCUUUAAUGAGUUUCUAUCGAACGCUUUAGCAACUGUUAUAUCGCUUUCAUGUCUUUUAUUAAUAUACACAUGUAAUGUAUUAAUUCUGAACAAUGUAAUAUUUAACAUGAUGUCUGAGAAUGCUUCGAGGUGUUUUGUUCCAAUUUUUUAAUGAAAAUCAUGCAACUUUCUAAUAACACUGAGUGAGCGAAAGUGAAGACUUCAGAACUGUUUCUUGAUGACCAGUCGAAUUUUCAGAUAUCUUCUGUUGAUUAUGAUGUCAUUAAGCUAGUAAAAAUUUAAAUGUAACUCA